GCACAGGCUGCCCGGGGACGGGGUGCAGGCACCAUCCAUGGGGGGGUUCAAAAUACACGAAGAUGUGGCGCUUGGGGACAUGGUUCAGUGGUAGCAUUGGCAACGCUGGGUUAACGGUUGGACAUGAAUAUCUUAAAGGUCUUUUCCAACCUGAACAAUUAUAUGAUUCUAUGAUUCCUGCCUUCUAACCCCCUCCAAAGUCCAUGGGUUGUGGACAGGGGCUGGCCCACCAUGGCUGCCCCCACCAGUGCCACUGAUACCUCCAUGCCAUCUGAGCCACAACCUGCCCCAUCCUCAGCCACAUGAUGAAGGGGGGUCAGUGCAAGAAUGGUGUCCCAGGUUGGUGGGGCUGGAUCCGUGUUAGCCCCUGCAGGAAAAGGCAAAGCCCCCGAGGGGAUGGCACCUGCACCAAGUUAAAGCAAAGGCAACUUUUCCCAUGGGGAUUUCCUGACUGUCCCCUGUAGCCACGCUGCAAGGCAGGAAGGGGCAGCAGCUGCUGUGGGUACUCAGCACAGGGACGGUAAAAAUAACAGGAAGAACGGAGGUGGGGGCCAGAUCUGGGCCCAAGGGAUCCCAGCCAGCGCUGCUAUAUAAAGAAAGAUCAGCUGCUUCUCGCCUCUCCUGCCAGCAGCGGGUGGGCUCCGAGGGGCUGCAUGCUGCAGGAGCCGAGGAACAGCACCCCGACCCCACGUCCACCACAGGGAGCAGGUAACGCUUCUCGCUGGGGCUCCUGAGGGGUUUGCUCCUGGUGAGCGACAUUGCGGGCUGCGGGGCCAUGCUUCCAGGUGCUAGGGCCGCCCACCUGUUGGCAGGGUUGAGUGCAAGGAACAGGACUGGGGGCUCAGCCGGGGCUGAGACGUGUGCCACGUGGGGUGCCCCUGGCUGGGGAUGCAACAGGGGGUGCUUUCCACCAGCCUGCCCUGCUUCUCUCAGCAGCCCCCUCCCAUGUCCUGCCACCCUCCCCAAGCUGAUCCUGCUCUCGCUCCCCCACCUCCUCAGCUGCUUGCGGAGGAACUGGCUGCUUCCCUGCCCGUGACACUGUGACAUCUAGGGGCUUCCCUCAGGGCGGCUCUGCCCACCAUGGAGCAUCUGGUGCUGGGCUUGGUGCUGCUGGCUGGGAAACUGGCUGCUGGCAGCCCCUUGCACCAGCAAGACCUCGACCCUGUCAAGGAGGUGGCGCUGGACAUGGCCCCCACCUCCUUUGAUGACCGGUACCAGGGCUGCAGCCACAUGAUGGAGGAGGAGCUGCAGGAGCUCAACCGCACUGAGUUUGCCAACAACAGCAUCUACGCCAAGGCCUGGACUGUUGCCACUGCUGAAUGGCGGAGCCGGCGGGGACGUGCUCCUCAGACACGAGCACUGACACCAGCGCAGGCGAUUGCCCUACUGGCAUAUACGGAACAGGGCCCCCUGCACCAGGCGUUCAACACAGCUGUUCGCAAGGCUGGGCACUCCCGCAGGGAAUACCUGGGUGCCUUCCAGUUCAAGGUGCUGCAUUUCCUCCUGAGCGAGGCCCUGUGCACUCUGCGGGAUGCCCAGCCCCACCACUGCCACCACGUUUACCGGGGCAUCCGUGGCAUACGCUUCACUGCCCAGCGCCACCAAUCCAUCCGCUUCGGCCACUUCACCUCCACCUCCCUCCGGAAUGAGAGCACCCUGCCCUUUGGCCGGGACACCUUCUUUUCAGUGGAGACCUGCUACGGUGUCCCCAUCAGAGACUUCUCCUUCUUCCCUGAGGAGGAAGAGGUCCUCAUCCCACCCUUCGAGACCUUCCAGGUCAUCGACAUCACCCAUGAUGGGGACAGAGCCCUCAUCCAGCUCCGCUCCCAGGGUGCGCUGAGCACCUACAACUGCGAGUUGGUGAAAGAGAAGAGAUGCAAGAGCCAGCCGUGCAUCUUCAGCGCAGGCUGCAGCAUCCCCGGGGACCCCCGACACCUCUGGGAGCUCCUCCUGGCAGCCACAGUCCUGGCAGUUGCUGGUGGCCUCUGAGCUGCCAGGCCACCGCUGCCACCACACCAUGGCGAGGGAAAGGGGUCAGGAAUGGGAGCCACCAGCUUCACUGAGAUGGCAGGAUGGGAUGGGACACCAGGAGGGGCCGGGGGCAUGGGGAUGGUCCCACUGCAGGGUCCUGCAAAGCCACCUGUGCCCAGCUCGGCCCUGCCAUGGUGUCACCAGCAUUGGGAUGUGCUGGCAGCCCCGGGACACCAGUCAAGCCUUGAUGAGGCCUUUUGCAGAGCUGCAGCUGGGGCUUUUGGAUGCAGCUGAGUGUGGGGUCUGCAAGGGGCUGCCCCAGGGAUGGGGGUCAGCACUGAUGGGAACUGGGGGGAUGCAACAGAGCUGCUUUUGGAGGUGCCUCUGCCUGGCUGGCUGCUUAGCUGCUUGCCAUUCCCUGACUCCCAGAGGAAUAAAGACUUGCUGUGGGACCAUGGUGUCCCUGGGGGUUUCCUGGGGGCAGCUCAUGGGGGCUGCAGACGGGGUCUUCUCCAGCUCCCCCACAUUUCCAGCCCUCCCACACCCAGAGCAUCCCUACAGAGAGAUGCACACACCCCAGGUCCUGCUCGAUGGGUCCAGCAGGGGAUGUCUCCUCCCGGGGUCUGUUCCCCUGACUUGUCCCACAGCUGCCUGCAGCUCAGGGUGGUCGUUGCCCCCACCAGCACCCAAGGGAGCACAAUGGGGGCUGGCACUGGCCACGCCAGCCCCAGUGCCCGUGAGAAGAGCCCUGCCAGGACAAGAUGGGUGGGAGGCUGCCCCAUGGAGCAGCACAUGGGGCUCAGCAAUGCCAUGCCAGGGGAGAGCCCCAAGCCCCCUGGGUACAGAGGAGGGAUAUGAGGGCUCUGUGCCCCAGGGCUCCCCACUCCCUUCAGCAGAGGGCACAACCAUGGGGCUGGGCAUCCCUAGGGCAGGACCAGGGCUGUCUGUGGCUCUCCAACCCCUCACCAGGCAGCAAGGGC